GGAGGCGCUCACCGAGAGGGACCACGCGCCAGGCUCCCAGCCCGACCCGGGACGCGGCGGCCACGCGGAGCACCCAUGGGCAGCCCCUGGAACGGCAGCGACGGCCCCGAGGGGGCGCGGGAGCCGCCGUGGGCCGCGCUGCCGCCUUGCGACGAGCGCCGCUGCUCGCCCUUUCCCCUGGGGGCGCUAGUGCCGGUGACCGCCGUGUGCCUGUGCCUGUUCGUCGUCGGGGUGAGCGGCAACGUGGUGACCGUACUGCUGAUCGGGCGCUACCGGGACAUGCGGACCACCACCAACUUGUACCUGGGCAGCAUGGCCGUGUCCGACCUACUCAUCCUGCUCGGGCUGCCGUUCGACCUGUACCGCCUCUGGCGCUCGCGGCCCUGGGUGUUCGGGCCGCUGCUCUGCCGCCUCUCCCUCUACGUGGGCGAGGGCUGCACUUACGCCACGCUGCUGCACAUGACCGCGCUCAGCGUCGAGCGCUACCUGGCCAUCUGCCGCCCGCUCCGCGCCCGCGUCUUGGUCACCCGGCGCCGCGUCCGCGCGCUCAUCGCUGUGCUCUGGGCCGUGGCGCUGCUCUCUGCCGGUCCCUUCUUGUUCCUGGUGGGCGUCGAGCAGGACCCCGGCAUCUCCGUAGUCCCGGGCCUCAAUGGCACCGCGCGGAUCGCCUCCUCGCCUCUCGCCUCGUCGCCGCCUCUCUGGCUCUCGCGGGCGCCACCGCCGUCCCCGCCGUCGGGGCCCGAGACCGCGGAGGCCGCGGCGCUGUUCAGCCGCGAAUGCCGGCCGAGCCCCGCGCAGCUGGGCGCGCUGCGUGUCAUGCUGUGGGUCACCACCGCCUACUUCUUCCUGCCCUUUCUGUGCUUCAGCAUCCUCUACGGGCUUAUCGGGCGGGAGCUGUGGAGCAGCCGGCGGCCGCUGCGAGGCCCGGCCGCCUCGGGGCGGGAGAGAGGCCACCGGCAGACCGUCCGCAUCCUGCUGGUGGUGGUUCUGGCAUUUAUAAUUUGCUGGUUGCCCUUCCACGUUGGCAGAAUCAUUUACAUAAACACGGAAGAUUCGCGGAUGAUGUACUUCUCUCAGUACUUUAACAUCGUCGCUCUGCAACUUUUCUAUCUGAGCGCAUCUAUCAACCCAAUCCUCUACAACCUCAUUUCAAAGAAGUACAGAGCGGCGGCCUUUAAACUGUUGCUCGCAAGGAAGUCCAGGCCGAGAGGCUUCCACAGAAGCAGGGACACUGCGGGGGAAGUUGCAGGGGACACUGGAGGAGACACGGCGGGCUACACCGAGACAAGCGCUAACGUGAAGACGAUGGGAUAACCAGCACGGCCAAGCCAGGCUCCUCUUGCAGUUCUAAGACUUUGGGGAAAACAGGUGUGUAGAGAAAUAAAGACUGAAAGUGAGGAACAGAUCCUGU